AUGGCUUGGAAGGUCCAGGUAAUGAGCUGAUAAUAUGCUAAUACUUGUUUUAUCUUCCCGUUUAUUCUCCCUCUGUCUUAGGUCUUGAGACAGAACUUCCACUUGGAUGCCCAAAACACACACUUUUGUCCAGAUUUCAUCAUGAAUCGGAAUAAGCGUGAAAAGGAGUAUUAUAGUUUAGACGUCGGGGAUUCCACUUUUACGGUUUUGAAGCGCUACCAGAAUUUAAGACCCAUAGGCUCCGGAGCACAGGGAAUUGUCUGGUGAGUAGACGGAGCUGUGAAUUGGAAAGGAAAAGAGAUGCCCUGUAGCCCAAUGCUCAUUAUCCAGUGACUAUGUUAGAACUGUGUGUGUGUAACUUAAGCAAUAAGGCACCUCGGGGGUGUGGUAUAUGGCCAUAUACCACAAACCCCUGAGGUGCCUUACUGCUAUUAUAAACUGGUUACCAAUGUAAUUAGAGCAGUAAAAAUAAAUGUUUUGUCAUACCCGCGGUAUACGGUCUGAUAUACCAUAGCUGUCAGCCAAUCAGCAUUCAGGGCUCGAACCACCCAGUUUAUAAUUUGGAAAAUAAUAUCUCAUCUGAGUCAUACUAUAAAAUAUCACCAUUUGCUAGCUAUUUGAAAUGGCUUUGGAAGUCAAUAUGAUUAAUCCAUUAUUAGCUGCUGUAGGUUGUAAUGGCAUUGUAAGUCAAUAUGAUUCAUACGUUAUUAGCUGCUGUAGGUUGAAAUGGCAUUGGAAGUCAAUAUGAUACGUUAUUAGCUGCUCUAGGUUGAAAUGGCAUUGGAAGUCAAUAUAAUUCAUACGUUAUUAGCUGCUGUAGGUUGAAAUGACAUUGGAAGUCAAUAUGAUACGUUAUUAGCUGCUCUAGGUUGAAAUGGCAUUGGAUGUCAAUAUGAUACCUUAUUAGCUGCUGUAGGUUGAAAUGGCAUUGGAAGUCAAUAUGAUACGUUAUUAGCUGCUGUACGUUGAAAUGGCAUUGGAAAUCAAUAUGAUACGUUAUUAGCUGCUGUUGGUUGAAAUGACAUUGGAAGUCAAUAUGAUACGUUAUUAGCUGCUGUAGGUUGAAAUGGCAUUGGAAGUCAAUAUGAUACGUCAUUAACUGCUGUAGGUUGAAAUGGCAUUGGAAGUCAAUAUGAUACGUUAUUAGCUGCUGUAAGUUUGUUUAUAUGCUAUAUGUUUGCCAUUGGUCCAGUAUUACACUUCAAUCAUUUGGACCCUGAUAUUGAUUUAGGAUGUGGGAAAGUAGGAACAAACUCAUCUUUCAUUAAAACAUUUUUAUUAAAGACAUUGAUGUUUGGCCGUGCUAGUCUUCUUCAGAUUGUGUCAUACACUAUGGACAUACAUUUGUAUUUUUGUGUUUACAGCUCAGCAUAUGACCACAACCUUGAGCGAAAUGUUGCAAUAAAAAAACUCAGCCGACCUUUCCAGAACCAGACCCAUGCCAAAAGAGCUUACAGAGAACUGGUGCUCAUGAAAUGUGUCAACCAUAAGAACGUAAGCUAUUUACCUCUCUCUGAAUCUGUGUGUCUGAUAGAAAAAAGGGGAGAGCAAGUAGGAAAGGGAGUUGUCCCAAUUUAUAGAAAAGAAAGUUACCACAGCAUUAACCAAAAUGUAAAAUCAUCACAGAUCAUUCAAAAAUGUUGCUAUCAUCAUGUAGCUAUUACAUGAAUGCUUGAUGUUUCCAUUUUUCUAAAAUGUCAUUGUCCAUUUUAUGUAGUGUUGUUCAUUUUCCAAAGAACCCUUCUGUAAUUUUAGCACGCCCUUAGGCAGCAUAUUGUCAGCAUGAAAUGCAAUGUUCCUACAAAUGCUGCUCACAGAACUAUGAUGCACUGAUGCAUUUUAUAACUCCACAGAUUAUCGGCCUAUUAAAUGUAUUCACGCCACAGAAGACGCUGGAAGAAUUUCAAGAUGUGUAAGUAACGUCGCCUUGGUUAUAAAAUCAAUAAGGAUAAAUUACAAUACUAUAUAAUCACUGUUACCUGGUAGGCUGUAGUGCAGAAAUGGCAAAAAGUAUAUUUUGGAUUUAUAUAAGAAGGAAAAUGUGUUUUGUGCAGUGUAGUGGGGCCCACGGUCUAUUAUGGGAUAGCUGACGGGUUAGUACAUUGUAGUGCAUGUGAGGAAAUGUGAUUAAUUCUCAGAGCGGAGGGAGGAACUGUGAGAAUCUUUGUCUUUCUGAAUUGGAUCUAAAAUUAAAAAUGUACAACAUGGCUGGGGGGUAAACAGCCUGUUUCACUAUGAUGGAGGAGCAGCCCACUCCUGUGAGUGUGUACAUGUAUGUAUCCUGAAGCAUCACACAAUAUAAUACAUUUUACUCAUUAUGAAGUAAUUUACAAUGCUUUAUUAAGAAGUGUAAUAGACCAGGGGUUUUCAACCUUUUCUUUGCCCAGGCAAACCGGCGACCGAGGGACCCCCAUCAUAUGUUAGCAAAAAAAAAAAAAUCACUUCUUGUCUCAUCAUCUGGUGAAUGAUAAUUGCAAGUAGAAGUAAUCAACAUUUUAAAAUGAAUAGAUUUGGUAGACAGUUAUAUUAUUUUCACCUCCCACAGUUCAUUAGAAGAGGAAGUGUAAACUCUAACAUGGUCUAUUAGCUAGAAAGGUAAUUUUGCAGUUUUGAAUCUAAUUUCCUGAAAUUCUACACAGUUUGGCAUGUGGCUGAGUGACAGUUUUGCAGUUUUAAAGAUACAUUCUAAUUUUGCCAUGGCUAAUGCUGUGUUCCUCUGCUCAAACAUGAUAGCUAAAUCAAAGGGCAUGUGCCCUGAUUUGCCCGUUUAAAUUUUCGAUUCUCCCUUACUGUGUAGCUGUUAUUUGAUUGUUAGUUCUCAAAGAUGGUAUUAUAUAUAUAUAUAUAUAUAUUAGUACCAGUCAAAAGUUUGGACACCUACUCAUUCAAGGGUUUUUCUUUAUUUUCUAUAUUGUAGAAUAAUAGUGAAGACAUCAAAACUAUGAAAUAACACAUAUGGAAUCAUGUAGUAACCAAAAAAGUGUUAAACAAAUCAAAACAUAUUUUUCAGAUAGGCACCCUUUGCUUUGAUGACAGCUUUGCACACUCUUGGCAUUCUCUCAACCAGCUACACCUGGAAUGCUUUUCCAACAGUCUUGAAGGAGUUCCAACAUAUGCUGAGCACUUGUUGGCUGCUUUUCCUUCGCUCUGCGGUCCAACUCAUCCCAAACCAUCUCAAUUGGGUUGAGGUCGGGUGAUUGUGGAGACCAGGUCAUCUGAUGCAGCACUCCAUCACUCUCCUUCUUGAUCAAAUAGCCCUUACAUAGCCUGGAGGUGUGUUGGGUCAUUGUCCUGUUGAAAAACAAAUGAUAGUCCCACUAAGUGCAAACCAGAUGGGAUAGCGUAUCGCUGCAGAAUGCUGUGGUAGCCAUGCUGGUUUAGUGUGCCUUGAAUUCUAAAUAAAUCACCAACAGUGUCACCAGCAAAGCACCAUCACACCACUUCCAUGCUUCACGGUGGGAACCACACAUGCGGAGAUCAUCCGUUCACCUACUCUGCGUCUCACAAAGACACGGCGGUUGGAACCAAAAAUCUCAUUUUGACUCAUCAGACCAAAGGACAGAUUUCCACCGGUCUAAUGUCCAUUGCUCGUGUUUCUUGGCACAAGCAAGUCUCUUCUUCUUAUUGGUGUCCUUUAGUAAUGGUUUCUUUGCAGCAAUUCGACCAUGAAGGCCUAGCUCAUGAAACUAGCUCUAACUUCCUUCAUACUGGAUGCAGAGACCACGAUGGUAUUCUGUUGCAGCUAGCGAUAUUCAUAAAAUAAUAUUUUCUUACCACCUAAAAACUGUAAAAGACUACUGAGAUGGUAUUCAAUAAAUAAGUUGUUACAUCUAACAUGUCCAAGCAGGAAUGCAUUUUUCUAAAUAUUUUGAUAUGCAACCUAAUCCAGUGAUUGUCAUGAAUUUUGCGUUGAUAACUAGGCAAUUUUUGUUAUAUUUUACUGUCAAAAUAGAGAUGAAUUUGCCUUAAUCUUUGUGCACUAAUAUUAUACAGUGCAUUUGGAAAGUAUUCAGACCCCUUUAAUUUUUCCACAUUUUGUUACGUUAAAGCCUUAUUCUAAAAUUGAUUAAACGUUUUUUUCCCCUCAUCAUUCUACACACAAUAACCCAAAAUGACAAAGCAAACACAGGUUUUUAGACAUUUUUGCACAUUUAUUACAAAUAAAAAAUUGAAAUAUUACAUUUACAUAAAUAUUCAGACCCUUUCCUCAGUACUUUGUUGAAGCACCUUUGGUAGCGAUUACAGCCUUGAGUCUUCUUGGGUAUGACUACAAGCUUGGCACACCUGUAUUUGGGGAGUUUCUCCCAUUCUUCUCUGCAGAUCCUCUCAAGCUCUGUCAGGUUGGAUAGGGAGCGUCGUUGCAGAGCUGUUUUCAGGUCUCUCCAGUGAUGUUCGAUUGGGUUCAAGUCCGGGCUCUGGCAGGGCCACUCAAGGAUAUUCAGAGACUUGUCCCGAAGCCACUCCUGCGUUGUCUUGGCUGUGUGCUUAGGGUCUUUGUCCUGUUGGAAGAUGAACCUUCACCCCAGUCUGAGGUCCUGAGCGCUCUGGAGCAGGUUUUCAUCAAGGAUCUUUCUGUACUUUGCUCCGUUCAUCUUUCCCUCGAUCCUGACUAGUCUCCCAGUCCCUGCCGCUGAAAAACAUCGCCACAGCAUGAUGCUGCCUCCACCAUGCUUCACCGUAUGGAUGGUGUCAGGUUUCUCCCAGACGUGACACUUGGCAUUCAGGCAAAGAGUUCAAUCUUGGUUUCAUCAUACCAGAUAAUCUUGUUUCUUGUGUUCUGAGAGUCUUUAGGUGCCUUUUGGCAAACUCCAAGCGGGCUGUCAUGCAUUUUACUGAGGAGUGGUUUACGUCUGGCCACUCUACCAUAAUGGCCUGAUUGGUGGAGUGCUGCAGAGAUGGUUGUCCUUCUGGAAGGUUCACCCAUCUCCACAGAAGAACUCUGUAACUCUGUCAGAGUGACCAUCAGGUUCUUGGUCAACUCCCUGACCAAGGCCUUUCUCCCCCGAUUGCUCAGUUUGGCCGGACCGACCAGAUCAAUUGAAUUUACCACAGUUGGACUCCAAUCAAGUUGUAGAAACAUCUCAAGGACGAUCAAUGGAAACAGGAUGCACCUGAGCUCAAUUUCGAGUCUCAUAACAAAAGGUCUGAAUACUUAUGCAAAUAAGGUAUUUCUGUUAUUAAUUUAUUUUUUGCAAAAAUGUCUUAACCUGUUUCCGUUUUGUCAUUGUGGGGUAUUGUGUGUAGAUUGAUGAGGAAAAAACAUAAUUGAAUCAAUUUUAGAAUAAGGCUGUAACGUAACAAAAUGUGGAAAAAGUGAAGGGGUCUGAAUACUUUCCGAAUGCACUGUAUGUAUGCCUAAUUCAAUUGGUGCUAAUUCAACACCUGAGGAAGUGGAAACUCAAAACACAUGAGCUAAAUAUAACUCUAAAUAUAACACCUACUGCUAGAACCUAACAGUAAAUGUAAUUUCCCCCAAAAUACUUUGGAAGUGCGUAGGCACUUGCGAUGGCCUAUGCGCAAUUUCGCACGCUCCAUUUUCAAGCUCAAUAAUGAUUGUUAAGAAGAAAUAUACAUACAGAAAUCUGACACCCUCCUCUCUUUUAAUAUGGACAACAUGUUGCUUCCAAAGUUGUGCAUUUCCCCCACAAUGACAUUUGAAAUGAUAUAAAGGGGGGGAGAGUGUGAGAGGCUCGCUCAUUACAGAAACAAGCAGGCACAACGGCAGACAUUUUUAUUACAGGAAUCAUGAGAUUAAUGCACUUUACUGUUUAACAAAUUCAUGAUUUUAUCCACUCAAAAAUAGGACUUUUUGAUUUAGGUGACCAGGUAGAAUGUGCUGCUUGCACCAAUGUUAAAUGUUAAAAUGCAACUAAAUGGUCGCAGUCUGAAGCCCUGGUGUGUGUGUGUGUGUGAGUGAGAGCGCGAGACGUGUGCACUUUGCGCGUAUUCUUUAUCUGUGUGCGUUUGCCUGUGUAUGCAUACGUUUGAGUGUGUACGUGUGCACUGCACACCUUUCUGUGUAAUAUCACCCUCCCUCCCCUCUGCUCUGUAUCCGUCCCCAGGUAUAUUGUGAUGGAGCUAAUGGAUGCCAACCUGUGCCAGGUGAUUCAGAUGGAGCUGGACCACGAGCGGCUGUCCUAUCUGCUCUACCAGAUGCUGUGUGGCAUCAAGCACCUUCACGCCGCGGGCAUCAUACACAGGGUGGGCACACACCACCACACCUUGCCUGGCCAAGCAACCUUAAUGUGACCCAGUCCUCCUGUGUAUUCCUAAAGUUGUCCCUUCUCUUACAAUGCAUUCACCUUUUGGAGAGCUGAAUAAAAAAUGCAAUUUCAUUGGCCUGGUGUUGUGAAUGGAACUUAAGCAUUGGUAGAGAGUUAUCCAUCUCUAAACCAUAUCCCCCUCCUGUCCCCCACCCUCAGGAUCUGAAACCCAGCAACAUUGUGGUAAAGUCAGACUGCACACUGAAGAUCCUGGACUUUGGAUUGGCCAGGACAGCGGCCACGGGCCUCCUGAUGACCCCGUAUGUGGUGACCCGCUACUACCGCGCCCCCGAAGUCAUCUUGGGCAUGGGUUACCAGGCCAACGGUGAGUGAGUGACCGAGGGAUCGGCCAAUCGGACCUUUGCGUGCUGCAGAACGCUGUUUGUCGCAUGCCCCGCCCACAAGGUCCUGAGACCCACCUUCACAGCCACACCCCCCUCCCGUGUCAGUGUCACAGUCAGGGGGGUAGGUGGCACGCCUGGCUAUGCAUUGUGGGUUCCUUUCCUCCUGUAUAGAGAGCCAGUGCACAGCAGCUGUAGCGCUUGUGUUUUCUAAGAAGCCGUCCAGAGACGGCGCAGCUGGACUAGAUAUCAGUGUGAUCCAUUCCCUUAUGGAUUCUAUAGUUCAGCUUGCCUUUAACAAUUAACGUUUACUGCAAGAAUGUGCAGAUGUGAUGGGGCUCGAUAUCUCCAAAUCAUUGUACUUGCUGCAAUAAAAUUCAGAGCUCAAAUACGAAGAAAAAAGAUUGUCUUUAAAUUAAACUUGAACUGCCUGAAAAUAUGGGCAUCCCUGCAGUGUGUUGACCAAAAAACGACCCAAACUUUCCUGCUGACUUGUUGCUUCGCCUUUUUCCUCCUCUUUUCUAUUGCUACACAUAUUUAGUGGAUAUAUGGGCUGUGGGCUGCAUUAUGGCAGAAAUGGUUCGCCACAAAAUCCUUUUUCCAGGAAGGGAUUGUAUCCUUGUGCUGCUUGAAGCAGUUCAGUUCUGCAUUUGAAAAAACCGUUGGAGUUUAUUUUUUGAAGGCUUGUUACGAUGGAUUGCGGAGAUCAUGUCAAAGAGCAACUGUCGAAAUUCUAUUUCUCUUCUGUUAUGCCUGACACUUCCAUCCCCCACACCUUCCCUCUAUCCCCCAAAGCACCCAGUGCUAUAGCUUGAUGCACCUCUGACUCACGCAACAAGCACCUGAAAUAGAAUUCAACAAUGUUUUGCUCUUUCAUUUUUUUUUACCAAGACAAUUGCAAAAGAUCUUAAAUCAUAUUAUUGUUUGACUUUCUUCUUCAAAGAUAAGCAGCCAUUUUGGCAGAAAAUAAGAAAUGGUCACUGUCCUAACACAGAAUAUCUAAUAUAAAUGAUGGACUGGGAGAGCUUUUAUCAAUAAUCGAAAAUUGGCCUUUGUCUAUUCAACUGAUAGUAUUAAUUUGCCCCAGUGAGAAUCUUGAGGGUGUUAUGCAUUUCUGCUGUCAUAAUACAGUUUAUGCAGGCCUUGGGUGUCAGUGUCUUGCUAGUUGAAAGCCAAUGCUAUGUAGGCAAUGUAAAAUAAAAUAUAAAAAAAAAAGGAAGUGGCCCUCGUCCACUUUGUUUAUUAAUAUGCCAGAUAGUGAACCAAAAAACCCACACCUUAUCAUGAUGUACUGCCUAGUCGGACACUGACAGCGGUUUGACAUGAGAGUUAGCAUGCCUUCAUUUUCUUUGUUUGUAUUCACACACAUCACCUUGUCUGCAUCGUUAUCCCUUCCUUGUUUUGUUAUUUUUAAUUUGGAUUGCUUUGAGUUCUGCAUGCUAAUUUGGUUGUCAUUCCAUUUUUCAGUUGAUGUCUGGUCUAUUGGCUGCAUCAUGGCAGAAAUGGUCCGAGGUAGUGUGUUGUUCCCAGGCACAGAUCGUAUCCUUACCUGGACCCUCGUCGUCCCUCCAUUGUGUGUGUGUGUAUGUAAAUGUGUUUGUUUAUGUGUGUGAAAGAGUGUGUGUUGUGGUGGUGAGACCAACGUACUGCAUUUACAUGUUAGUCAUUUAGCAGACCCUCUUACCCAGAGCGAGUUACAGGAGCGAUUAGGGUUAAGUGCCUUGCUCAAGGGCAUAUCGACAGAUUUUUCACCUAGUCGGCUCAGGGAUUCGAAACCAGCGACCUUUCACUCCAUCCAAAUGAAUUUCCACUGGGUUGGGUAUAUGUGAAUGGGUUUGUACCUGUUGGCGGCCAUUUCAUCUCAAUGGAAAACUUUUCUGAUCACUUCACCUCAUUACACAGUCCCACACCGAGGCUUGUGGCUCUGUUUUCAGUGUUCUGUGUGUCCGUCUCAUGGGAGAAGAGACGAUCGAACAGCUUUCCCAUGAUUCCUCAAUCACAGUUGCUCUACAAAGGCAACAGUGAAAGAAAUUAGCAUCCUUUGUGUCCAGUGUCCAUAAUCCUCCUCCUUUAUCCCAACUACAAGCAUAAAACUGUCAAUAUUCCCCUCAUGAAAAGCCUCUGAAAAGCCCUUUGCAGCUUUUUUUCUUACAUGUUGGAAUGUCAGAUAUUGAUCAGUGGAACAAGGUGAUCGAGCAGCUAGGGACUCCAAGUCAGGAGUUCCUGAUGAAGCUAAACCAGUCGGUGAGGACUUACGUGGAGAACAGACCCCGCUUCGCCGGCUAUACCUUCGAGAAGCUCUUCCCCGACGUCCUCUUCCCAGCCGACUCGGAGCACAACAAACUGAAAGGUAAGCGGGGAGAGCACACACCCCUGGGGGACACCCCAAGCAUGAAAACUGCAGUAUUGUGUGUCAUUGUGAGAUGCAACAUGUCAUACAUGUCUGUAUGACUAGAAUAUUCCAGAUAUAUAGUCCAUUUUUUUGCUGAAUAUAAGUACAUUACGUGCCUAACACUUUCUCUGAUAUGCACUAACUAAUAGAGUCUGACUUAUGUGAUCAAUUGGAAAUUCCACGGAAAGUAGUCAAUGAUGAUUAGUAGUAUUUUAUGUAGUGGUUUAAAGCCUUACUCUGCUUUGAUUCAGAUCAUGUUUGACUAAGGGACUCUAUUCUGGCCCACUACACUAAUUUAUCAGCACAGUGAAUGUCAGCCGAGUGAAUGAGAGGGGAAUUUGCCAACGCCAUUAAUUUCCCUAUUUGUCUCAAUUGCCUCGCAGCAAGUCAAGCCAGAGACCUAUUAUCAAAGAUGCUGGUAAUAGAUGCAUCCAAACGGAUCUCUGUGAGCGAGGCUCUCCAGCACCCCUACAUCAACGUGUGGUAUGAUCCAACUGAAGUGGAGGCGGUAAGCACUUACUGGCCCAUUAUGUGGCCGUGGAGGGGGUGGUUCUUGUGUUAAUGAUCUACUCUUACGUUAAAUAAUAUGACUCUUCAGGUCCACUGUGUGUGUUUAAGCGUGCAUAUGCCUCGAAAUACACAUUGAGUGGUGAUUCACAAUAAGAGGGAAUGUCAAAACAGCCAAAAUGAUGAAAGCCCUGGGAAAGGCUUAGCCCAGAUCAGAUGGAUUUAUUUUAUUUAUUUAACCUUUAUUUAACUAGGCAAGUCAGAUAAGAAUUUGUUCUUAUUUACAAUGACGGCCAAUCCCGGACGACGCUGGGCCAAUUGUGCGCCGCCCUAUGGGACUCCCAAUCACGGCCGGAUUGUGAUACAGCCUGGAAUCGAACCAGUGUCUGUUGUGACGUCUCUAGCACUGAGAUGCAGUGCCUUAGACAGCUGCGCCACUCGGGAGAUCAUAAAACUCCCUGAAUGUUUAAGCAGGUGCUCUGGAUUUGACAUCCAUUGACAGCCAAGUCAUCAUCACAGAGAUUGCACUUGGAUGUGUCAGGUCGUUUUUCCUCUGUCAACCAAUCAGACCUCGGCUACCGUACAGUGCGGGGGUGGAGAAUGAGAUGUUGCACUCAACUCAGUCACUCGCAUGCAAGCAUUCCUCACAACUGACAAAAUCGGCCUUGAGACGUGUAGAUUUGGCUGCAGUACAGCGCCUUGCGCAAAUGUGUGAAAUUUGAAUGUGACUCAGCCAAGUGAAGAGAAGGCCAACAGUCACCCCACUUAAAGUACACUCUUCCCUGUCCUGUUCCUGUUGCAGCCCCCACCGCUGAUCACAGACAAGCAGCUGGAUGAGCGGGAGCACACGGUGGAGGAGUGGAAAGGUACAGUAGAGGGAGAGAGCAGCCAUUUUCCUUACCCAUGCUUUGAUUCAUACACUUCGAGCACGUUUAAAUGUUUCCACUAUGUUACAUUACAAUUGCACAUUAUUCUACUAAGAAUCUACAUCUCAAGAUGUUCUUGUGGGACAUUCAAUCUUAAUAUUUCAGUUUUAUGCAGGUUUUGCCCUUUGUGUCUGUUUGUCCUAACAAAUCCCUGUCUAAAGUGAGAAGUGUGUAUGGUGUAUCCUACCCUUCCAUGUCUGUCUAAUCUAGACCUGGUCUGAUGAUCUAACCCUGCUCCCUCUUGGCUCUGUUCUUAAGUGUGGACUCCCUGUGUCACAUCAUGCUAGCUAUGUUCCUGUCUGUCAUGUUCUUCUUAGGUUUAGGUUUCAUGUCUAGGGUUGCAAAAUUCCCAGGUUUUCCAGAAAUCCCGGUUGGAGUAUUCUGAGAUAUCCUGCUUAUUCCUUCCUAAUUCCAGGAAUCUUCCUACAAGAAUUUCUGGAAAUCCUGGGAGUUUUGGUGUAGUUACCAGAAGUUUCAACUGUUCACUCUUUUUACCAAAUCUUGUGAUCCAUUGCAGAUUUGAUAUACAUUGAGGUCCAGGACUGGGAGGAGAGAACAAAGAAUGGAGUGAUCCGGGGACAGCCAGCGUCUUUAGGUUAGUUUAGAGACUUUUCUCCAUGGGCAACCUGAGCACUCCCACUCUGAUGGUUAUACUCUAUAACUAGGGCCCAGAGUUGUUCCUGGUCAGGUCCUAUGGUCAGAGAAAUCUCCUGGUCCUAGAGCACUAUGUGUGGGAGCAACAAAUUGAGACUGGCACGGUCUCUCUGCUCAUAGUUGACUUCUGUUCCAGAUCCAGUUUGAAGGACCAUGUUUAUUUCUUAGUGAAGAACCUUUCCUCUUUCCGUCUGCUGAAAUGUCAUUGCCUAACCAGAAGUCUGACUUGAUACCCCCUCUCUGUUUCUCCAUACAUGUAGCACAGGUGCAGCAGUGAGCAGCAGCUUCCAGCAGCACCCUUCCGCGUCCUCCAUGUCCACCGACCCCACCCUGGCCUCAGACACGGACAGCAGCCUGGAGACGGCCUCUAACACGGACCCGCGGGGCUGCUGCAGAUGA